UGCACUUCCGGCCGUGGGCGGAAGUUACGUCCCAGGCAGCCGCCGCCGCCAUGAUGAGUGUGGCGGAAGUCUCAGCCGUUCCCGACCGGGCUGGUGGCGCUUGUGUAGCUCCUAAAUGGUGCGGAGCGUUGGGGGUGUCGGGCCUGGCCCCUGCAGCGCGUCUGAGUCCUUAUUUCCUUAUCUCCCAGACUGGACGUUGGGACGCCCUGGUCACUGCAGUAAAGGAUCUCGCGUUCACCUUCCUUCAGGGGUGCAGUGCGGACAGUCAGGAACCCCCAGUCCCUCGCUCCCCUAAGGAGCCAGGUCCCUGAGUCAAGUUUCUUUCCCCGUUGUCUCCACUUCGGGGGAUUCUGUGGGCAGCCCAGGACUCCACAUGGCCAUGGGCUGGGUACACGGAGUCGGGGGAAAGGUAGGCUGUUAGCCAGGGUCCAACUCACGAGGCGGCGCCCAGACCCCAGGCGCGGAUUCUGCUCCCCAGUGUGGUUGGGACGCCCGGCUGGGGGGCCGCUUCUCCGGAACUGGGCCGUUCUGGGCGAUUAUGAGUCACACAGCAUGAGGUGCUUGGGCACCUGCGGGGCGGGGCCCAGGGGGCCCCCCUACCCGCAGCAGGGUGACGCCUGCGGUCACUUCACAAGGCAGAAAUUGUUACCGCGGCGAUAAAAGGUGCCGCGGCGGCGGGGAUCUGGGAGUGGGCACAUGGGGGUGCGGGGGUGCAGGUGCCAAGCGCCAUGGGUUAGGCCCGAGAUCGGAGUCCGGCCGCCCCUCGACAGCAGCCGCCUCCUGCUCCCCACGCGCCCCGGGCGCCACCAUGUCGGGCGACAAACUCCUGAGUGAACUCGGAUAUAAGCUGGGCCGCACUAUCGGAGAGGGCAGCUAUUCCAAGGUGAAGGUGGCCACGUCCAAAAAGUACAAGGGCACGGUGGCCAUCAAGGUGGUGGACCGGCGGCGCGCGCCGCCCGACUUCGUCAACAAAUUCCUGCCGCGUGAGCUGUCCAUCCUGCGGGGCGUGCGGCACCCGCACAUCGUGCACGUCUUCGAGUUCAUCGAGGUGUGCAACGGAAAGCUGUACAUCGUGAUGGAAGCAGCCGCCACCGAUCUGCUGCAGGCGGUGCAGCGCAGCGGACGCAUCCCCGGCGCGCAGGCGCGCGACCUCUUCGCGCAGAUCGCCGGGGCCGUGCGCUACCUGCACGACCACCACCUGGUGCACCGCGACCUCAAGUGCGAAAACGUGCUGCUCAGCCCCGACGAGCGCCGCGUCAAGCUCACCGACUUCGGCUUCGGCCGCCAGGCGCACGGCUACCCUGAUCUGAGCACCACCUACUGCGGCUCGGCGGCCUAUGCGUCGCCCGAGGUGCUGCUGGGCAUCCCCUACGACCCCAAGAAAUACGACGUGUGGAGCCUGGGCGUCGUGCUCUACGUCAUGGUCACCGGCUGCAUGCCCUUUGACGACUCGGACAUAGCCGGCCUGCCCCGGCGCCAGAAGCGCGGCGUGCUUUACCCCGACGGGCUCGAGCUGCCUGAGCGCUGCAAGGCCCUGAUUGCCGAGCUGCUGCAGUUCAGCCCGUCGGCCCGGCCCUCGGCCGGCCAGGUAGCGCGCAGCGGUUGGCUGCGGGCGGGGGACUCCGGCUAA